UCAAACUCACGAUGUUCGUCCGCACUCUCAUCACUCUCUCCGCUCUUGCGGCAACGACGUUCGGCUCUAUCCUCCCCCAGCUGCCUCUUUUCAAUGAUGGAGAUGUGACUGCACAGGCUGGAUGGACAUGGUCUGACUGUGGCGAUCCCUCCUUUGCCAUCGAGGUCCAAUCCAUUGAGGUUACACCCGAUCCCCCUGUUCCAGGGAAGAACAUGACUGUUGACGUGGUCGGCACCGCACGCAGCUCCAUCGAGGAUGGCUCCUUUGCCGAGGUCACUGUGAAGCUUGGAAUGAUCCAGCUUUUGAAGAAGCAGUUCGACGUAUGCAUGGAGGCUCAGAAGGCCAAUGUCACCGUGCAGUGCCCUGUCGAGGCCGGACACUAUGCGAUCUCAAAGACGGUUACUCUCCCACGUGAGAUCCCACGCACCAAAUUCAUUGUGAACGUGCGUGGAUCUACCCAGGACGAUGUGGACAUGAUCUGUCUCGACUUGAGCGUCAACUUCGGCAGCAAGCCUUGAGCUACCGCCACCCCAGGUAUCUUCCCACUACGGCGUCGUUGGCUUGGUGCCUUGGUGCACACGACAUAUAUGCGCCUUGUUCUGACUAGUAUCGUCUUCUCACCCGGUGAUAUGACUCCUGAGUCUCUUCCUUGAUUUUCACGCCUCCUCAUGCUGCAAUGUAACUUAUAUGUUUGCAACCUGCAAUGUUCAUUAUACAUGCCCG